UUACUAAUAAUCUGAGAACUUGUGAAAAUGCCUUCCUUCAAGAGGGCCAGUGUUUUCAGGUCUUGAAGCUGCAUUGUGUACUAGAGUAAAUGUAAAUGCUGAUUACACUUUCUUUCUGUUUUAGGCACUCAGCCACUCAUUCUCCACAGAAAUCUCACCAGUGUGGUUACUGUGAAAAGACAUUUCAUAGGAAAGACCAUCUAAAGAAUCACCUUCAGACUCAUGACCCAAACAAGAUGGCCUUCAAGUGUGAAGAGUGUGGCAAGAAGUACAACACCAAGCUAGGUUAUAAGAGACACUUGGCUCUUCAUUCAGCCACCAGUGGAGACCUUACCUGUAGGGUAUGUGCUCAGGAGUUUGGUGGCACUGAAGUUUUGCUGGAACACCUCAAAAGUCAUGCAGGGAAACCAACUGGCAAUACCAAGGAAAAGAAACAUAAGUGUGACCAUUGUGAGCGUCACUUCUAUACCCGUAAAGAUGUGCGGCGUCACAUGGUGGUUCACACAGGUUGCAAAGACUUUCUAUGCCAGUUUUGUGCCCAAAGGUUUGGGCGGAAGGACCACUUGACUCGCCAUACAAGGAAGACUCAUCCACAAGAACUGCUCAAGAGCAGGUUGCAGAAUGGUGAGUCGGUAGGUCUCCUUGACCAGCUUUUUCCAUUCAGACUGAAGGAAGAUGCCAGCAUAUUGUCCCCUUUUCCUGAAAGGGUCUCGGUGCAGAAUGGAAUUUUGAAUAAUCCAGAACCAAAGGAAUACAACUGUUCACAUCUUCAUCCCCAGCCAAGCUUACAAACUGCUCUUCCUAUUGAACCUUCUCCUCUUUUGCAAAGAAUGGGCUGUGCAGAUAGCCUUGCAGCUGUCCCUCCCACACCAUGCUCAACAGCCAUCCCUGCCAACCUGAACCUUCAUCAGUCUAAUAAAUAUGACCUUAGCUCUACCUCAUUUGCAGCAGGCUCCCUCAAGAAUCUUCCUAUCAAAGUGGAUGUUAAAGGUUACAACGUCCAUCUUCUAGAGGACCUGCCGUUACCAGAACCUCAAUCUCUCCACAAAAUCAGUCUGGAAGAAGCUUCCUCAGGGCCUGUAGGUGAUACUAACAAAUACCCAGUGCACAAAGAGACAGAGACA